AUGGCCGACUCACACGCUGCCAGCAACGGCACUGCUGCUCCCGGCGGCAUGUCGGAUGGCGGUGAUGGUUUGCUGGAGCCUAUGAAGUAUAUCGUGGUGACAGGGGGCGUCGUGAGCGGGCUGGGCAAAGGUGUGACGAUCAGCAGCAUCGGACGCAUGCUGAAAAACUGCGGGCUGCGCACGACCUCGAUCAAGAUCGACCCGUACUUGAACACGGACGCUGGCACGAUGUCGCCGUUCGAGCACGGGGAGGUGUUUGUCCUUGACGACGGGGGCGAGGCCGACCUUGACCUGGGCAACUACGAGCGGUUUCUCGGGGUCCGGCUGUCGAGGGACCACAACAUCACCACCGGAAAGGUUUACCAAUCGGUGAUCUCGAAGGAGCGCAAGGGGGAGUACCUCGGCAAGACGGUGCAGGUCGUGCCGCACAUCACGGACGAGAUCCAGGCGUGGAUAGAGCGAGUGGCGGAGAUCCCGGUGGACGGGUCGAACCAGCGCCCGGACGUGUGCCUCAUCGAGGUCGGGGGCACCGUGGGCGACAUUGAGUCGUCGGUGUUCCUGGAGGCUCUCAGGCAGUUCCAGUUCCGCGUCGGGCGCGAGAGGAUGUCCCUGGUGCACGUGACCCUCGUGCCGGUGCUGGGGAGCGUGGGGGAGCAGAAGACGAAGCCCACGCAGCAGACCGUGAGGGAGCUGCGCUCCGUCGGGCUGCACCCGGACGUGAUCUGCUGCAGGAGCGCGGAGUUGCUGGAGGAGUCCACCCGCAACAAGAUCUCCAUUUUCUGCCAAGUGCCUGCGACGAGCGUCCUCACGGUGUACGACGUGACGAACAUCUACAAAGUUCCCCUCGUUCUCGUCGAGCAGGAGGCUGCUGGCCGAGCGUUGCAUAUCGGUAGACAGGCCCUGAAGCACUCUGCCGUGCACGCGAAGAGAGAUCUGCAGCUCAUCUGGGUUGAGGCGUCCGACUUGGAGGUGGAGUUCAAGGAGGCAUCCCCGGACAAGCACGCAGAGGCGUGGAACACCCUCAAGGGCGUGGACGGGGUGGUGCUGCCCGGGGGGUUCGGCACGAGAGGGGUGGAGGGGAAGAUCCUUACCGCAAAGUGGGCGAGAGAGACGGGCAAGCCGUUGCUCGGGGUGUGCCUGGGCUUCCAGUGCAUGGUGGUGGAGCACUGCCGGAGUCUGCUGGGUUGGGAGGGGGCCAACAGCACGGACUUUCAUUGGCCACUCGCUCGUCCAACGAAGCACUUCGACGAAUUUGUUUCCGCCUGUACGUGUGAUGGAAGCUAUGAGGUCAACCCGGAGAAGAUCGACGAGAUUGAGGCGGGGGGAUUGGAGUUUGUGGGACGGGACGAGAGCGGGCUGAGGAUGGAGAUUGCGGAGAUCCCACGUUCGAAACACCCGUACUACGUGGGCACGCAGUACCACCCCGAGUUCUUGAGCAGACCGCUGGAACCGUCGCCGCCGUUCCUAGGACUGCUCCUGGCCAGCAGCGGCCAGAUGGACGCCUGGCUCGAGGGAAGCGGAAGCUUCGCCCCCAAGCACGACGGCUCGAUUGAUGCAUGAGUGUCGGGUGUUUAUUUGAUUGGUGGAACAGAUGCGGCUCAAUCGAGUAGCGGGGGGAUUGGCGUAGGCUCAUGGAGGGAAUCGUAAGAGGUUUCCGUGGCGUUCGCUUUCGACGACCGGGGUCGGGGUAUAUAUCAUUUUCUUAUUUAUUCUUGAAAUCUUGGGUACACAUGUGGGCUUUUUCUUUCUCUUGGGUAAGGAUUCAUGCCGGUCCAGCGACGCAAAAAUAGACACAACCAACACACGAGCGAUUGCUCUCAUUUUGUGUGUGGGACUCAGUUAGGGGGGUUGUUUUACAUGGAGACAACCAUGUCCAGAAGAUUUGUCGGACCCCCCCCCUCUCGGGUUGUGGUUUCGCCGCCAUGCGUAAAUGCAUGAUUCCAUGUCUCUGGUGGCAUGGACACGAACAAUCGGGCGUGUUGAUGGCCUUCGUCUGGCGGAUCAACAGUGUUAUCGUGGAUGCGCCAAAAUUUGAGCCCGUGGUCACGGAAUUGCUGGCGGAACCGGUCGAAAAAGUAGGUACAUUGAUUCACCUAGUUUAGCGAUCAGGAGAUGGAUAAAGACAGGCCAAUGGGAAAGGCAAUCAUGUUCUUACCAUACCAUACCAGGUUCAGCGCUUUUAGCGAUCAGGAGAUGGAAAAAGACAGGCCAAUGGGAACGGCAGCCCUUUUUUUGCCAUGCAACCUGCAGGAUGCUGUUCUGGCGCAAGCGCCACCCGCUCCUCCGCGUCGCUCUACUCGUGUUGUUUUUCGGUUUUUGUCUGUCUUUGUUUUACGUAGUUCUUCCGUGUUUCUGAACGUGGGCUCUUACCGCCUUCUCUUAACAAAGCUUUUUCAUUGGGUACUGUAGUGGAUCGAAUCGUUGGUUUGAGGCUUGGUUAAAUGCCGUUUGUGUCAGGCGGGACAAGGUAUGGGUGAGAGAUGGGCGGAAGGCAAACCGAACAUUCCGGCAACAAUCUGUCCCUUCUUGUGUUGCUGUCAUCGCUGUUGGUAGGUUGUCUUCAUCCGUACUACUGUACGUGGGGGUGUCCUUUUCGGUUGUCGCG